UGAAUCAGUUCUGAAGACUUACAGGCCCUUUCUUACAGUGCAGCUUCUUUCAUUUGCGUUGCUUUGGAAACGACCCUCCAAAUGGUGGUGUCAGCGCUUGGAAGCCUUGUCUUCGAUAUCGAGGUAGCCCUCACCGAGGACAAGACAACGCAUGGAGAUGUCCGCCCGCAAGCUCGUGUGGAGCACCUCUUGAUACAGAGGCUCGAGGCGCUUUCAAGGCCUGCGUGCCCUUUCGCUCGCGAGCUGCUCUUCCAUGUACAGCGGAUAUGCUCUGGCGCCGUUGGCCAAGACAUCCCGGACGUCCAAGCCCUGGCCGCUGAGUUGGCCUCGCUAGGAUAUUAUGUCACUGUUCGAAGCGCACUACAAGGCAAUGGCACAGACUGCUUUAGAUCUCUUCGCCACGAGUUCGUCCUGGUUCGCGGCAGCGGCGAGUUCAGCGGCAUGGAGUUCAUCGUUGAGCCCGCCCUGCGCCAGCACUUCGCCAUCCCGCACCCCUCGCCCGAGUACUCCGCCGCGCUCAGCCACGUGUCCGAGGUCUUCGUGGGCGGGAGCUGCCGUCUGGUGCCUGUCGUACAGCUGCUGUGCGCGCUGAUGGCUGACUCCUUCGAGCGACAGGGGCUGGCGCUGCCGCCCUGGCGCAAGGAGCAAGCCAUGCUCAGCAAGUGGUUGCCCCUACCGCACAGGCUCCGCGACAGGCAGGUGACGCCGCCGCCGCAAGCAGCGGCCGCGGCGAAGUGCGGCAUCGUGACGGAAGCGGCGGCGCAGUCGGCUUUUGAUGCCGCCAUCGAGACGGUCGACAGCGCCGCUAGCAAUACCAGCACUGACAGCGGAGACGGCUGGAGCAGCGGCUCCAUGGAUUGCAGUCCGGUGUCAGUGCUGCCACCGCCGCCGCGGCAAGGGGAUUCAGCUGCAACGGUUUCAACGAAGUUUUUCGCCGUACAUGGAUUCCAACCGCUGCUGACGUCGACGGCGGUGGCGGCGACGGCGAUUGGAGGCGCUAGCGGCGGCGGCGAUGAGGAUAUGCCUGCGCUGACGGCGGCCGCGGCAGCCCAGGGUUGCCCUGGCGUCAUGCGCGGCCGCGGCGGCGGCUGCGGCGGCGGCUGCGGCAACUGCUUGAAGCGCGCUUUCGGAUACGACAGUUGCAUGGACAUGAACGGUCUUUGCGGCGGCAUUGGCGGCGGCAGCGGUGACGGCAGCGACUGUGGCGGCAACGGUAAACAUGGGCUGCUCGCCGCUCGGAUUGCCGAGUCGGCGCGAACUGUCGCCGCUAACGGCGAUGGCGACGGCAGCGGCGAUGGUGGCGUGCACGACCGCAUUCGCACUCGACCGCCCGUUCACCUCGGAGAGAUGGCCAUUCGCGUUGUCAAGCUCGUGGGUUUUAACUUACCCGAGGAAAGCCAGCCGCAGCAGCAGCAGCAGCAGCAACAGCGUCAGCAUACCGCACACGUCGUGCAGAACCAACCGCCGCCGGUGUCGCAAGUGCUGCAACAACAGCGGCAACAGCCACAACAUAGCCGGCGUAACCUGCAAGCGCCGCCGCCGCCACUAGAUCUAGGAUUUCAGCGACACACCCGCAACGCCGCCGCAGCCGCUGCUGCGGAAGCGCUUCUUCUGCCGUGGCGGCGGCAACUGCGCCACAGAGCGGUCUAGGAAGAGAUCUUGUCGCCAUGCACCAGUUGAGAGUUGUGCCAGUGGUGGUGCUGAUGGUGCGGGUGGUGGGGCGCUAAGCUCGGUCGCCUACUGAACUCGGAUCCAGUCAAGCAAAGCAGCUGACUAUGGCUUUAGGUGCCGUAUAGCCGUACAACACAUGGAGGGAUGGAUGGGGACGAUUGGGACAUGACGAACGUUGGGUUGUCGUAGGGUUGGUAUCAGUUGUUUUGUGCAAUGUGCAUUCGUGGGCGUGUGCGCGUUUUUUUCAUUAGCUGCCGCUGCGUUUGGUGUUGGCUGAUGGUGUUGGCGUGGGCUGUGAGAGUGUUGCAAGCGUUGCAAGCGUUGCAAGCGUUGCAAGCGUUGCACGUGUUGCACGUGUUGCACGUGUUGCACGUGUUGCACGUGUUGCACGUGUUGCACGUGUUGCACGUGUUGCACGUGUUGCACGUGUUGCACGUGUUGCACGUGUUGCACGUGUUGCAAGCGUUGCACGUGUUGCACGUGUUGCAAGCGUUGUACGUGUUGCAAGCGUUGCAGUGGCAGCGAAGAAGUUGAUUUUGUGCUUCGUUGGGGUGUGUGCUUCAUAAGACGUGCCUUCAUGUAUGCCGUGCUAAUUGGGGGCGGUCCUCUUUCGCUCCGACGUGCGUGUCAAUCACAUGCCCAUCCUGUGUCUUUUCUUUAUCCUUUACUACUACUACUAAUACCACUACGAAGGUACUUCACAGCACAGCAGAAUCCCUCCUGUGCUUAUUCGGCACUUGGCAGCUGCCCUGCAGCCAAACAAGCUCGUUGGUCAACGACCCGGUGCUGCGGGUUUUCGGCUUUGUGUGCCUUUGGCUUUGAGAGACUUACAUCGGAUGUGCCGGAUGCUACGACGAUCGGGAAUACGUGCGAUCGGGUUUUGUCCGCUGCUGCAGCGGCCCUGCAGUCGUGUUGGUUGGUCGUCUGCGGUACGUUACGGGGGGCAGGCAGCGCUGUUUCUCUUUGCUGUUGUUUGGAAUGAUGAGUAAGUUUUGACGAAGCUGGAUAGGUGGCGUAGGACACUCCUUAGGUAGUAGGUAGAUGUAGAGCGGCCCACAGUUCAGGCGGCCCAUGGGUCAUGAGCCAGUAGUAUCGCAGAACGCAGAAUGCUAAACAGGAAAGCUCCAUACGAUCCGGACUUAGGUCAUAGACAUGUAGUUAUAGUCCUCUCGACAGAAGCUUACACUGGGGAGAUAUCGUCUGAUUUAUGAUCAUGUCGGUUGCGCCCAACUGUUGCGCCCAGUUGUUAGUGUCCGUUGUCAGUUUGUUUUAUUUCGGUUGCAAACGAACGUUGAAUCGGACCUCGGGAGUUGAUGCAGUUGAUGCUGUUGUCUGUGAGGGUUGCGAGGGGCCAGUCGAUACGACUGCGGCUCCAGGCGGAGAUCUUUCCAAAGGGGACGAGGGAGGGGGGUUUGGAUGGUUGACAGCCUAUAGGCGUGUCGAAUUGUUCAUCGGGGUUGUCAGCAUGGAUGGGAUGAUCCUGGCAGGGGGCAGGGGCCUCUGACGGUUGCAACUUUCAUCAAGUUGUUGAUGUUGAUCCAUUGUUCAGUGGAGGCGCUGCAUUCCGGAAGCAGUUGGGCUUCCGCAUAAGGCUCGUGGCUGUAGGGUUGUCGCCCUGCUGGUGGUUGAGGCCCUGUGUGGCUGUGGGCCCGGUAGCUGUUGUGCAGCGUUCGUGGGGGCCGCGAGGGGUGUGAGGGGCGUCAUGGGUCCAUGGCGUUGCAAACACCGCCUGCUGCAUUGUUUGCAUGGCGACGGGGACGAGUAAUCAAGGUGUACAGAGGUGUCGCUUUUUAGGUGGAACGUACAGGAUCUUUGUUUCGACGCCGCUGCGGCAGAACUCCCUCUAGGAAGGGAAUGGAGCACGAGAGCACGGUAUAUAGAAGGGAGCUAGUGCGCGGCGUUAAGCAUGUGCACGGAGUUGAUGCGUUGGACAUAAACAACGCGUGAAUGUGCAGGGAUGUUGGGAUCGCAGGUUGAAACUGCGCUCGAAAGUGUGUUUGAAGGCAGGAGCGAGGAGACAGAGGAGCGUUGUUGCAUGCAUGUGUGGCUACUUUUACCGUACAUCAUAACCGUUGCUUUUCUUACAUGACGGUUGGUGCAUUUCCAUGGUAAUGAGGGAAAGAGCUUAGCAAGGCAAAUUGUUCCGUUAUGUGCUCUUCAGGCUUGUAGCUGCAAUACGGUUAUAUCGCCGUUGGUUGCGCUGCUGCUGCUGCUGCUGCUUGCUUAGGCACCCCAUGCCAAACAAUUUUGUCUCGUCGCGUUUUACGAUGAUGGGUGGCAUUUGUAUAGCAUACGCCUGACCUCCUGUUUUGCAGUUAAGGAAGCGGAAUGGUGCACGGAACGUUCUCAUCAUCGCAGAAUGGUAUGUGACGUCGGAAUACAUAGUCAAAGAAGGAUUGCCAAUAUGAGUUGUGUUUGUCGUGUGUGGCGCGAUGUGGUCUGCGCUGAGUGGAAUAAAUAAAAGCGUUGGUGGGGUUAUUGCCUUGGCUCGUAGAUAUGUUCUUGCAUACGGCUAAUAUGCAUUCAACAGCAUGGACGUAACCGGUAAAGGUCUGUACCAUUUUUGUUGGGAGGUCCGCCCCAUGUAGAGGUAUGUAGCUGUUGACCUAAUUGACUGGAAAACACCUCGUGUAAGUCCUGACGAUGUCC